AUGAAGGAGAAGCUAAGUGUCAUCGAGCUACUAAAACGAGCUGUGAAGCUACUCUUGGGCAACAUCAAUCUCGCUUUCUUCAUCUUUCUCUGCUCUCUCCCACUCUUUUGUUUCUUGAUCUUCUUUGAGCUCUCCCUCCAGACCACCGUCGCUUUCACUUGCCAAUUCCUCUCUAAACAAUUCAAUUUUGAGAAGGAUUUUUUCUGGGAGGACUUGUCGGAGAACGAUCUGAUUCCAUGGCUGAUCAAGACAUCUCUGCUCUACUUCAUCCCCUACUCCUUUCUUGAUCUCAUUACAACCACCACGAUCGUUGCAGCGUCUUCGGUUGUUUACACGUCAAAGGAAGAACCGAUCGGGAUGGUUUCUUUGAUGAGGAGAUCUGUCGAAACAUGUCGGAACAGAGCCAGAUCUUGUCUGAUCACAUCUCUCUAUGUCCUUCUUUUGUCAACCUCUGUUUUCCUCUUCUUCUUUCUUUUCUUCCUUUUGCUUUUCUUCGGUUUCUUCUCAAAUUGGACCAAAAGCUUAAUCAUUGCUCCUCUCUUACCCCAAUACGAAAACUUCCUCGAGCUAGUACCGGUUUUGAUCUACGCGGUGGGGGUUCUGGUUCAAGGCACUCUCUUCUUGUACAUAACUGUAAAGUUAAGCAAGGGGAGCGCAGGAUGGAACAUGAGUUUGGUUGUUUCAGUCUUAGAAGAAGAAGACGACAUCUGUGGAAUCGAUGCUUUGUCUCUUUCUGCUUUAUAUCGAAGAGGACAUGAAAGGCGUGACCUAUGGAUGAUGUUGGUGUUCUUGGUAUUUGCUCUAGCCACGAGGGUGCCUUGUUUAUAUUGCAAAUGCAGUUUGAGUUCGAGUGGAAACGGAGUGUUGUACACUGGUCUCUAUGUAGGUCUCAUUUGCGUUGGGAAUGUGGUCAAAUGGUUGGCUUGUGUUGUACGUUACUAUGAUUGUAAAGUUAGCUUCUUGAGGAAGAAAGCUGAUGUAGAACAAGCUAAACCUCCUUCUACUUAG